AACAUAAUUUGGUAGAUAAUUUUAUUUGAAUGCCGCAGUUUGAAGCCAAGAAGUCAUAAGUAAAGUAACUUAAACAUUCCAGUUUGUGAAAUUAAUUUCAAAACACAGAAGAAAGCUUUUUGAUCUUAGUGUCAACAGCAGAAACAAAGAAAAUAAUACUGCUAAGUAACUAAUACUAAGUACUUUUGUAUGAAAUGAAGUACCGCCUACUUAUAAUCAUAUUUGAAUUCAUCGCAUUAAGCAGCUAUGAGUGCAGUACAUUCCUACAACUUAACAUGUUAUCAGAUAUCAAAUAAUGUAGAUAUAUACAUGUCAGUGCUUAAACUGAAGUCUAAAUGUCCUGUUAGUUAAAAUAUAUGUGUUAAUAUAAAAAAUAAAAUUAAAAAGGAACAUGUCACCAAAUCUCACUCUGACAUUCCAGGAAAAGGUUGAAGUCCUUGUUUAGUGGUGUCUGGAAUACAUUCAGCUGGAGCAUUAGUGUUUCCUUCUAGGCCAGUAAAACUUCACAGGAAGCAGCGUCUCCACAGGUAACUGGUGUGUUUGCUCGUUCAUGCCACAUUACAGAUAUUACAGUAAAAUUAAAUAUUGUUCAGACAGGCACAGAUAUAAAAAAACAAAAAAAACAACAACAUUUGGCUUGAGUUUGCUUAUGAAAGCGUUCAAAAAUCUUGUUCUAUGUCUCUUGUAGUGCAUUAAUGUAAUAUGGCCAUAAUGGGCUGUUUUUGGGGGAGCGGGAUGGAAAUGAAGGUGGAGGUAGACUGGAUGUCAUGCAGGGAUCUGUUUAACUACUCUACUCUACUUAUGGUCGUUGAAUUUCACAUGGGACAACAACAGCAUAGUGGUUGUUUCCUGGUGAAUGGACUGAUGUAUCUGUCUGGGACUUUUAUUUAAUUUUCUAUUUGUUAUUUUUAUGUUUUAUUGUCAAAAUAAGAUUUUGCAUCUUUUAUCUUGACUUUGCCUUAUUUAUUUAUUUUCCACUGUUCUCUUAGUUUAAUCUUGUAAAAUGUAAAACUCAAUAAAAAAUUUGAAUCAUAAAAAAAACAUAAUAUGGCCAUGUAUGCUUCCUACAUGUUUAACUCUAAUUUGCAUUAACAGUCAUAUCAGUUGUAUAUAAGUGAUAAAUGGCAGCAACAUUGUGUCUCACAAAUAUCCUGAAAUAUAGUUUCCAACAUGUUGGAAAAGCGUUUCCUGGACAAUAACAAAGUAUGGAUUAACCACAUGUGUAUAUAUAUACAUACAAAUAUAACACGAAUAAGACUAAUAAUGUUUUAAGAGCUUAAAAAAGUAAAAAGCUAGAUUUUUUCUCUGACUACAGUAAGGCCUCGUUUUCAUUCUUCAUCCAGCAUCAUUUACACAGAUUUCCAAAAGUUCCUUCAGCUUGUGUUGAUUUGGCGUCCUAAUACAAAGUCAGUUCGGGUUCAUGUCUGAACACGGGCAGAUGUCUCUGGCACCACCACCGGCGGUGGCGGCGGCGACACCUUUCCUCUUCCCCCAGUGGAGAUGUCUGUAGAUGGAGUCAAACACUGACACCGUGUAGCGUGCAAACAGGCUGGUCCACUUCACCGCAUCCACCAUCCACUGCACGGUACGCCCCACGAAGGCCACAAACACGGCGGCGUAGUGAACCAGCAGGAUCAGACUCCUGCCCAGCUGCCUGCCAUGGUUGAUGAUUAAAUUGACUCUUUGGUCAUGUCCUGCCAUUAUUAUAUAUAUAUGUAAGUCUUCUGUAUGCUUUGUGUCUUUUUCUGUUCUCAAGGGCUCAUUUUUCGUUUUUUUUAAAAGUAUAUAUUUGUGCAGCUACUCCCUUAUUUUUUUCUUCUUUUUCUUUUAGAAAGUGGAGAUUUGCAGACACUCCCUUAUUCACGCCGACCAAUCAGAGCGAAGGAAGUUUUGUUUCCGGGAAUGUUUGGUGAUGUGGCUAUGCUCUGACAUCCAUCCGAGGAAAUAUAUCACACACAAAAAAGGAGACAUUCACCUGGGAAGCACUCGCACAGUGCCAUCUUUAUGUUCAGCCGCCUGGCCACGGUCCUCCAGGAGCUCUCUGGAGAGGAGGAGCCAGAUGGAGACUCACAGCAGGGCAUGCUGGUCCCUCAGCUCCCUCCUGGUGAGGGCCAGGCUUCAGUAGAGUCAGAGGUACCGGAGGAGGCCAUGGAGAGGUUGGCUCACCUGGAGCAGCUGGUGGUUCAGCUGAAGGAGCUCAUCCGAGACAGAGACACCCAGCUCGUGCACAAGGACACCGAGCUGGCUGGCAAAGAUGCACAGCUCAAGAAUGAGAAAGAAGAAGCUGAGGCUCGCUUCACCAAACUCAAACUGCAGGCCAAAGCCAAGAUGGCAUCACUCAACAAACAGAUAUCUGAUCUGAAAGGACAAGGAGGAGCAACACAGAGUCCCGACAGCUCUUUUACAGGAGCCGGUGCUGCAGUCGAGGAGGAGCUUCAAGAACUUAAGACCAAGCUGAGAGAGGAGGAGGCCAACAGCAGAGGGCUUCAGGAACGACUCCAGACCACAGAGCAGCUCCUCCAGGAGAAAGAGUCCGUGCAUGCUGAACAGUUGCUGAAACUGCAGGCUGUGAUCUGUGAGAAGGACGUACGCUUCCAGGAGCAGAUCCAGAAACACGAAGAAGAACUGCUGAGAGUCACAACACAGUCUCAGGACGACGGAGCACUUCAGCAGGCGCUGCAUGCAGCACAGAGGCGAUGCGAGGAGCUCGAAGAGGCCUUCAAUUCUCGGUCCCAGGUGCUGGAAAUGCUGCAGCAGGAAGUGAGCAGCGCUGAUCAGCAAAAACAGAUCUUGACUGCUCAGUUCCGGCAGAUGGAGCAAGAGCUGGCCGAGGCCGUCAAGCAGAGGGAGGAGGAGAGGCAGCAGUGGGUCGAACAGGCCAGCAGGGCCGACGCAGAACUCACAGCCCUCCGAACCAGCCUGGAAGAGGCCUUGGAAGGGAAGAGCAUGGAGGUGGCAAGGCAAGAGAGCGAGCUGGCCUCCCUGAGAGAGUCGGAGCGUCUUAGUCAGGAGGCUCUGGAGAAGGAGAAGCUGGAAGUCGCCAGAUUGGAGAGAGAAGUGGCUCUGAUGAAAGAGGCUGAGCUCGCAACCGUCCAGGCGAGCCACGAUGCGUCAGAGAGAGACAGGGCGGAAAGAGUUCAGCUUGAAAGCGAACUCGCAUCUAUGAGAGAGGCGGUCGAGCAUGCCAGCCGGGACACCUCAGAGAGGGAGAAGUCGGAAGUUGACAAACUAGAGCGAGAGCUGGCGUCGCUUAAGGAGGAGCAUGAAGAUGCCCAGAAGAAAGGUGAGAUCUUGGGUGAAAUGUGGAGACAUCUACGUCCUUUGGCCCUUGAAGAUGUGACCGCAGCAGAAGAGCUUCCCGUCCCUGCUGACCUCUCCCUCUUCCUGGACGCUGUGCGGUCUAUUGAGAGUCGACUGACGAGGCUGAAAGAGAGCGAGGAACACUGUGCCGAGCUCACCCACACCAUGGAAACCCUUCAGGAAGAACUAGACAGAAAAAACACAGAACACGAGGAAACCGCUGCCAAGAUACAAGAGCUGGAGCAGCAAAUUGUAACGAUGUCUGAAAGAGACGAUGUGACCGAACCAUCGUCAGAUUCAUCUGAAGCUAAUAAAGCACGCAUACUGGAACUGGAGCAACACCUACUAGAAAAAGACAGUGAGCUGGUUGCCUUGCAGGAGUCCCUCAGACUGGCUAAAGAGUGCAGCUCCGGUGAGGUUGCAUCCGAUCAGACUCCACAUCAGGGUCAUGAUGCCAGCACGCCCCCCCGUGGCAGUGCGGCAGCCCUUCCUGACUUCAUGGAGGACACACAAGAAGAGGAGACCACCUUAGUUGCCGAGGACGCCUCAGUCCUCUCCAUUUCUGCUGAUAAUGAGAGCAGCCCAGAGCUUCUCGGACACCAGUCCGAAUCCCCAGAAGAAUCCAAAGCGACCUCUUCGGAUGAGAUGGUCGCCAGUAGUGAUUCAGAGGUCGCCCACAGCAGCUGGACCCUCCUGGAAGCUGUGAGUCAAGAUGGAGGCCAGGAGUGGCCGUCCAACCUGCAGGACUUUGGCCAACUGCAGCUGCAGUCGUGGGAGGCGACAAGCAUGGAGCAGGAAACCUCCACAGUUCAAGUUGAAUCUUCCUCUGUCAUCAUCCGAGAGACGGUACAAGUUCAUCUAACUCAGAGUUCUUCCACCACAGACGGUAACCCUCCCUCUGACCAGGCCUUUGCCCAGCUCUUAGCCGAGGAGCUUCAGAAGAGGUACAGCGAGCUUUUGGCCGAGCUUCAGAGGCUCAGAGACGCAGCAGCAGAUUCACAGGAGAAAAUCAAGGGCCUGGAAGAAGAUGCACGAUCGCUUAGUGCUGCUAAAGAAGAGGCUGAGUCCCAGGCUAAUAGUUUUGCAGAGGAACUAAAGUCAACCAGAGACGAGUUGGACAGGCUUUCUCAGCAAAGCAGCUCUGGUGUGGAGAAACACAGUAUUGAAAUGCAGCUUCUAGAAGAGCAGAUAGACAUUUUAAGCACUGAAAGUAAAGCCAAGGAGGAGAAGAUCCAAGCCAUGCGGGCAGAUCUCGAAAUGGCCCGUCAAGCUUUCUCUGAGCAGGAGGGACAGGCCAGGAUGCUGAGUGUUCAGCUGGAGGACAGAGAGCUCCUCUCCUCCGAGCUCGAAAGGAGGCUUCAAGAUAUGGAAAACAGCAUGUUGGAAUACUCUCAGACGUCAGAGCUCAACAACGACAGUUUGGCAAGGAAGGACUCUGAGAUCAACGAGCUACAGCUCCGCCUCAGCCAAAAGGAGCACGAGGUGAUGGAGCUCAACGACAGCAUGUCUGCCAAACUCCUCCAAGCAGAAGAAGAGAAGUUUCAGACCAACAGUGAAGUCAGCAAACUGAAGGAGCAGAUUGAGGAACUGGAGAAAGUCAAAGAUGAGAAACUUAACGUAAGUUUUGACGGCUCGGCUGCUCAGGUAGACGAUGAACUUUUGAGUUUGCGAAAGGCGAAGGGAGUGCUGGAAACCCAGCUGACGAACACAAAGAAGAAGCUGCAGGCUGCACUUGUGCAACGCAAAGAGUUAAUGAAGAAGGUCGCUGACUUUGAGAUGGAAGCAAAGAAACGGAAAGAGCAAGAUGACGCGGCAGAGGGAGAACAACCUAGAGGACGUGACAUUCAGGAAAUGGAGGCUAAACUCGUCGAACUCGAGCAAGCUUUAAGAUCCAAAGAAGAGGCAGUCGAGGCUCUUGAGCAGAAAAUCAGCCAGCAGGAGCAAACUCUCACUGAGACGCUUGCUCUGAAUAAAACGCUAAGCGAAGAAGCUGAGAACUCACAGCAGGCUGACGUUUCUUCUGAAACAACUGCGUUACAAUCCCAAGUGACUUCCCUCGAAGCAGAGUGUGAAACGCUGCAGAGGAAAGUUCAGGAGGCUCAAGAAUCUCGCAAGGAAACCAUCCGCAAAGCCAAAGAGAAAGACAGGCACCACCGAGAACAGCUCAAGCAGCAGAAAGAGGAAUACAGCGACCUGAUGGAAAGGUUCGAGCUGCAGAGCGGCGAGCGAGAGGUUCUCCUGACUAAACUGAGAGAGAUGGAAGAAAAAGCGAGCACUGAAAGUGAAGCCGUACCUCACCAAGAGACCAAGAAGCAGCUGGUGGAAGAUUUGGAAAAGCAAGCAGCAGGUGAUUGGGUCCAGGAGGAUUGGGUGGACUUUGCCGCGUCUGAGACGGAUUCAUCACAACCGCAGUCCAGUGAUCCAGUUCAGCAUCCCGCAGAGCAGUCCGACGUCCUUUCUGCACAAAUGGAGGAAGACCUGGAAGCUCUCAGAGCCGAGAUCCAGACUGUGCGGACCGCCAACACCGAGCUCGAGAAGCAGCUCCAAGAAACACAGGCCGGUUUGUCGCUGAAGGAAGCUGAAUUGUUGGAAUUGGGCAAAGAGCUACAAACACUAAGAGAGAAGGAAGCACAGAUCGACGCACUCUCAGAGGAAAUGAAUGAUCUCAGAGAAAAGCAUCGCCAAGCGGAGUUUUACGCUGAAACCCUGAAAGCAGAGAUGGAAGCUGCAGUCAGCGCAGCAUCUGCAGACUCUACCUCCGCCGUUGCAACUCUUCAGGCCGAAGUGGAGGACUUCAAGCAGUUCCUCGACAACAAGAACCGUGAAAUCACGGAGCUGAGCCAGCAGCUUAGCGAGCAGGACUCUCUCAUACACUCGAUGCAGGGCACAGUGUCGCAGAAGGAUCAGCUGAUAGAGUCUUUACAGGACGAGCUGAAGGCUGAGCAAGAAAAAAGCCAAAGGUUAGAAGUCGAAGUUCCACAGAAGCAAGAGGAAGAAAAAGACAGCGAGGCGAAGAUCCAGCAGCUUCAGCGGAAACUUCAGGCCGCUCUGAUCUCCCGCAAAGACGCCUUGAAAGAAAACAAAACCCAGAAGGAGCAGCUGGCUUCGACUGAGAAGCUCAUAGCCGAACUGCAGCAGAAAAUGGAGUCGGCAGAAGACGAGCUGGAGAAGCUAAGAGCGGAAAGAGUUCGACUGAUUGAAGAAGUCGACCGCACGUUACUGGAGAACCAAAGCUUGGGAUCGUCCUGUGAGAGCCUCAAACUCGCCAUGGACGGCAUACUGAACGAGAAAGACGCCUGUAAGAGAGAAACGGACUUGGCAAAAGAAGAAGCGGCAAGAACAUGCAGAGAAUGGGAGGAAAAGGUCCAAAGCAUGAAGGACGAGUACGAGACUCUGCUCAAGUCGUAUGAGAACGUGAGCGACGAGGCGGAGCGAGUGAGGCGAGUCCUGGAAGCCGCCAGGCAGGAGAGACAAGAGCUCGCGUCCAGGGUGAGGACGCAGGAGGCUGCCAGGCAGGAGGCCGAAAGACAGGCGGAAGAAGCUCAGAAAGAGGUGGAUUCGGUGAAAGACAAGAUGAGAAAGUUCGCCAAGACGAAGCAGCAGAAAAUACUGGAUUUAGAGGAGGAGAACGAGAGGCUCAGAGAGACGCAGGAUAAAACUGUGGUGAAACGAGAGAGCAGGGCUCUCAAAGCUGAGGUCGAAAGACUUCAGGAUGAGCUGGAGGCUUUAAAAGCUGAGUUGGACGCUACGGCGGCAGAACGAGACUCUUUAGGGCAGCGGAUUGAAGAGCUGAGGCAACAAUCUGCCCAAACACGAGAGAAAGAAGAUGGUGUAGUUCAGGAUGGCUCUGCAGCUGUUGUUGAAGAGGUUGUCGCUGCCCAGCAAUCAGCGAUAAUCAUGACCAAAGCAGAGCCUGUUGAGAGCCAGUGUGAAGACACAGAAACACCCUUAGAGGAGACAACAGCUGACCAAAAAACUGCAGAGCAUGAACCAGAAACACAUUUACAACCUGCUGAGGCGAAAGAAGUGACUGAAAGUGUUCAAGCUUUGUUAGAGGAUAAAAUAAAGGAAAUGGAGGCGGAGAGGAAACUGUGGCAGGAGCAGGAGGCUGAACUCAAAUCUCAGCUGGCCUCUCUCGAGCGAGAUCUUCAGGAGAGCAAAGACAAGGAGAGCCUGGUGGCCUCUCUGGAGAAGUGCCUCCAAGAGAGCAAAGAGAGAGAAAAGAGUCUGAUCGGAGAGGAUUCGAACAGGGAGGCCCAGUUCAAGGAGCUCCUCAGGAGCCUUGAAACCGAGAAAGACAACCUGGAGGAGCGUCUGAUGAACCAGCUGGCUCAGCUCAACGGCAGCAUUGCCGGCUACCAGCAAGAGGCAGCGGACAACCGGGAGCACCUCGCCGAGCUGCAGCGGGAGGUGGAGAGGCUGGAGAGGGAGCGAGCCGAACUCGAAGCCGAGGCUCAGAGCGAGAGCGACCGGGCCGCCAGGCUGGAGGAGGACAUGAGGCAAGCCCAGAGAGAAAGAGCCGAGGCUGAAGCCGAGUCUGGUAAGCAGAGGGAGCUGGAGCAACAGCUGAGGUCAGCGCAGAGGGUCAGGGAGGGCAGUCAGAGCCGAGCGCGUCAGCUGGAGGAACUGCUGAGGGAGAAGCAGCUGGAGGUCCGUCAGCUGCAGAGGGACUGCAUCCAGUACCAGGAGAGGAUCAGCGAACUGGGUCGAGAAGCUAAAGCGCUGCUGCUAGGCCACGAUGAGCUCCAAAAGAAACUGGAACAAUCACAGCUGGAGACGUCAAAAACCGUAGAAGAUCUGAAAAGGACUGAAGCCGAGUUGAUGAGCUGCAAAUCUCAGCUGGAUGAAGCCCAGAAGCAGGCGAGCGACGCUUUGGCUGAGAAAACAACCAUUGAACAGAACGCACAAAAGAAAGAGGCCUCGAUGAAAGCUGAAGCGGAGCAAACCCUCGACUCUGUGAGAUUCAGGCUGGGAGCCGAACUCAAGGAGAUGGAGCUGAGGCUGGAAGACGCGUACAGCGAAAGGGAGAAGGAAGAGGAAGCCACUCUGGAGGCCAGAGAGCUCGCAGAAGCAGCUGAGAGACGAGCCCAGGAGAUGCAAGCCCGUCUGGAUGAGUCUCUGGCGAGGUUGGCUGCCUUCUCGCGCUGCAUGUCCUCACUGCAAGACGAUCGGGACAGAGUUCUGGAUGAGACCCGACAAUGGGAGACUCGCUUCAAUGAUGCUCUGCAGGGUAAGGAGGCUGAAGUCCGGGAGGCUGAGACUCGGGCCAAGGACCUGGCAGAGCAGCUUCAAAGAGAAACUACUCUGAAAGAGGAUCUUCAGCUUGCAGCGGACAGACUAGAGAAAGCAAACAAAGAUCUGCAGCUGAGGCUCGAAGAAGAGGAAAAGAAAGUCACAGAGAGCCAAGCUGCCCUCGAGGAGGAGAAGAAUAAACUUCAGCAAACCACGACUGAGCUGCAGUCUGCACAAGACGAAGCCAGUGCCCUGAAAAACGAGGUGGAGAGUCUUCAUCAGAGGACGAGAGCUCUGGAGGAGGCUGUAAGUCAGCUGCAGGGUGAAGUCGACCGGGCCAGGACCGAGCUGAGGGAGAGGGAGGCCGAAGAGAGGCGGCUGUGUCUGAAUGUGGAGCAGCUAGAGACAGAUCUGCGAUCCUCUAAGGCCCUGACGGAGAGUCUGCAGACGGAGUUAAAUGAAAAGGAGAAGAGAGAGGUGGAAAUGCUCGGCGAGAAGGAGCAAGCUGUUGCUGAGGCUGCGGAGGAGGCUAGAAAGGAGGCCGACAGCAGGGCACAAGGAGCCGAGGAGGAGCUGGAGCAGAGGCGAGGCGAACUGCGGGAUCUGGAAGAAAAACUGCGGAAGGCGGAGGAGGAGAGCAACAACAGAAAAGCCAGACUGGACUCUUUCAUGAAGGCCAUGGGCUCGUUGCAGGACGACAGAGACCGAGUCCUCAACAUGUACAAGCAGCUGGAGGAGAAACACCUACAGGUGAUGAUGGAGAAGGACGGUCUGAUCCAAGAGGCGGCAGGAGAGAAUAACAGCCUGAAGGAGGAGCUGCGCUCUCUGCUGGUCCAGAGAGAUGACCUGUAUGCAGAAAAGGCCAAGCUAUCUGCUCAGCUUCACGGCUACCGUGAAGAACUUAACCAAGUCCUGAGCAUGAAGGAGUCGCAGCACAAACAGCUUCUAGCAGCUCAGCGCAGGCGUAUCGCCUCUCUGGAAAAGCAGCGCGAAGAACUGGAGAGUCAGUUGAAGAGUGUGAACAGAGUCCAAGAGACAGAAGUAGAAGUAGAAGCAGCCAAGGUAGAGAGAGAGACUCUGAGCCAGGCUGCUAACUUUACAGCAGCGCCACAGGUCGUCGAUGCUCCCGGCGCUGAGGUCGAGAAGCUGAGGGAGCAGCUCCAAGCGGCGAGAGAACAAGUGGAGGCUUUGGAGGAGAGCCUGCAGAAAGAGAGACACGACAAGAAGAGUGCGUCGAAGGAGCUGGCCGAGCUGAGAUGGGAGGGAGGCGUGAUGCGAACAGAGUCAGAGAGUGCUCAGGAGAGAGUGGCGGAGCUGGCCCGAGACCUGCUGGCCGUCGAACAGAAGCUGCUGGAGGAGAAAGAGGCGACGACGCAGCUCAGAGCGGAGAACCAGUCGUUCUCAAAAGCCAUGGCCUCCCUGCAGGACAACAGGGACCAGGCAGUAAACAAGGCCCAGGAACUGAGCCUGAAGCUGGAAGAGAUGAGCAAGGCGGGAGGCCACGCAGCACCGAGCAGCCCCGGAGGAAACACCGGAGAAGUGUGGGGGCUGAAGAACGCACUGCAAGCCCUGCAGAACGACAGAGAGAGACUGCUGGAGCAGCUUCAAACACAAACGUCUGAGCUCAAGAAGCAGAAAUCAGAGCUGGCUCGACUGGGAGCGGGAGAGCUAAUUAAAGUCAGCCAGGAGCUGUUGGAGGAAAAGAAGAAGAGCGAAGACAUGCUGGGCGUCAUCGUGCAGCUGGAGAGCGUGGUGGAAAUGGGCAAGCAGGAAAUAGAAACCCUCAGACUGGAGCGCAUCGACUGGAUGGCUCAAGCAGAGCAGCUGAAGCAGCAGACCCUCGCCACGCUCUCAGACAGGGACCAACAACUGCGACAACUCACCGCCAUGCUGGAGGAGGCUCGCGCUCACAAGCCCAAACUUCAGCAGGAACACUAUCAGAGAGAGGGUACAGAGGAGGUGGACAGCGCUCCUGGAGCCCCACAGGAGCGUAGCAACCAGCUAGACAGCCACACCUACAUAGCUGAGCUCAAAGAGCUACAGAGGAGGCUGGAUGAAGAGAUGCAGCAGAGGGUGGCGGCUGAAGAGCAGCUUAUGGCCACACAGGAUCGACUCAAACGUCACAGCCAGGCUAAAUGGCAAGAAGAGGAUCAGUCGGAGACUGCUGUUUUCAUCGAGCCGCCGGAAGGAGCCGUCACCCGAACUCGGAGAGGUGGCCCAGGUUUGAUGCGGAUGCUCCGAGUGGCCUUCUGCUCCCGUCAGCGCACCCCUCUGUUGUUCAGCCUCUAUCUGCUCACUGUGCACGUCCUGCUGCUGCUGUGUCUGGGCGGAUACCUUUGAAACCAGCUCCCCUUUUAACAAACCCGACGGAUAUAAGAGAUAGAGAGAGACGAGGGAGGGAAAGAAAACAGAGAUGUGACACAGACCUAACCCAAGCCAUCAAUAUGUUUUAUAUCAUCAUUCACACACACACACACACAUUGCACUUUACAGGACUUAAUCUUUUAACCAAAGUAUGUAGAUUCAUAAAUCAAGCUGUCAUUGAUUUAAUGACGUUGCUCUUGACUUUGAGGGUGUUUCAAAGCAAAGCGGAGAGGACAAUAAGGGACGUGGUUUAGUUUUUUCUUUGUAGAAAUCCACACAUAGAUUCAUAAUCAAGUAUUUUGGCAGACGAUGUUCUUCAGGUGCCUUUUAAAUUCACAGAUAAAUGGUUAGGGAACAACGCUAGUUCAGAAAUCUGUCCGUUAAACGUCAACGGCUCGCCCGGCUCUGUCAGAUAGCAACAAAAUCCAGCAACUCACCAAUCAAGAUAUAACUCUAUUAUCUAUUCAUAUGUGGACGGUACGGUGGUGCGGUGGUUAAGCUUCCUGGCUCGAACCUUGGCUGGGUGUUUUGCUUGUGUCUCCGGGUACUCCGGCUUCCUCCCACGCUGCAAAGACAUUCAAUUAACAGGUUAAUUAGUGACUCUAAUGGUUAUUUGAUGAACUGGCGACUUGUCUAGGGUGUACCUGUCUCAUCCCUGACGAGGAUGUGGUUACAGAAAAUGGAUGGGUGCACGUUUAAUUUGUACAGACGUUGAUGUUUUACGGGGGAUAUGUGCCCACAGUUUAUAUUUCAGCUCUGAGCCAGGCUUUUUACACUUUUAAAAGAAGAUUAAACAAACAAUAGACAUAAUAUGUUAAUUGUUGAGCUUCAGAGGUGCGAGUAGGUGGAUUUUGUUUAAGCUGAAAGGAGCCAGCGACGUCAGCUUUCUGGUCUUUGUCCUAAGCAAACCAGGCCGACAGAUUCGAGAGUCAGUCUUCUAGUCUGAUGAAAGCGAACGAGCGGGUUUCCCAGUGUGUCAACCUUUUUCUUUUAGGAUGGCUUGAGGUUCAGGACGUGCUGUUAAUACUCCCGUCUCUUCCUCUUCUACUCUUUUCCUGCACAAAAACGGAGCACAGUGCAAUUUCCCAUUCUUACACAUUCCUAUUGUGUGUUUUCCUUUUCCUUAUUUUUUAUUUCCGUCUUAUUUGAAUCACAAAAUGGAGCAUUAUAUCGAUAUUUGUACAUAUGUACAUGUAUUAUGUACAUGAGUUUCCCCUCCUUUAUAUCCGUUCCCCUGUCCGAGCUUCUGUUGCACACGUUUAGAUUUCACUCUGUAGUUUUUGACGGCAGAUUGAAGUCGCCUUUCAGGUGCAAUGUUUAACCACAGUGUGGAUUCAUUCCAGAGGAGAAAGACUGCUGUGUUUUCUAAUGAUAUCCAUCUCAUUAUAAUCUGCUCUGAUGUAGCAUAAUUUAUUGUCCAACAGUUGAAACAAUUGUCCACAUAUAUAAUGACACCGUCCACUUGAUUCCAGUUUAUUUAAUCGCUCACUGACUUCUCAUGUUCCUUCUUCACAUUCUUAGACCUACUGAAAUAUACUUUAAAUGUAAAUAACUGUUUUAAAAAGGGCUGUAUAGAAAACUGUAAUAAAAGUGUUGGUGGUUUAGAUCAGGGACCGAUCUCGUCGAGCAUGAAUUAUUUGCUCAUUUGUGUUGUGACUUUACUGUUUGUUUGUUUUUUUUUUGGGUUCAUUUUGUCUCAGUCCAGCAAAUGAAAACACAUUUUAUUAUUUGUGUCUUAAAUAAGAAUAAAUGGGUGACCAUUAAUCAGUGAUUAUGACGUUUGAGCACACGUUUUUGAUUUAAAAAAUCUUCAUCACGUAUUCAGUCAUGAUUCCUAUUGUCGUCACAUCUAAUGACAGUUAACCCUUUGAGGUCCGAGUGAUGCCCAUGGUUGCAAAAAACUCUGAUUGGACACCAGAGGGUUGAUGCGAAGCUCAGGUUCAAACCAGUGGACUGACGUCGUGACAUGCUGCAACAUUUUAAAUGAACUGGUCUUAAAAACACUUGAUUUCUUUGCCGUACGAGAGGAAGAAUGAUAUAAACGUGUGUGAAUCACGACCACGUUCGAAGCUUUGAAUAAAAUGUUUUCAUGUGGAA